AUGUGGCUGUUAUGUAUUACUAUAAUAUUUGGUAUUGUUAAUAUAAUUGUUGUUUGUGGUAAUAUUUUGGUACUAUACAUUAUAAUUACUCAAAAAUCACUUCAUACAGCUACAAAUGCUAUUGUAUUAUCAUUAACUGUUGCUGAUUUUUUAUUAGGAUGUAUAAUAUUGCCUUUUGCAUUAUUACAAAAUUAUUUUGGUGUUUGGCAUUUUGGAGAUAUGUGGUGCCAAAUAUGGUUAGCUUUAGAUAUUUGGUUAAGUACUGCUUCAAUUUACAAUUUAUUGGCAAUUACCUUUGACAGAUAUAUGGCAGUAAGAGAUCCUAUUAAAUACAAGUUAAUUUCUUCCAGCAAAAUGACAAAAAUAACCAUCUCAUUAGUAUGGGUGAUAUCAGCUAUGCUAGCUUUAUUUAAAUUAAUAAUAGAUUUUUGGUUAUUAUCUCCUACAUCAGAAAAAUUAAUUAGUAAUGUUUUGAGAAAUGAUACUUUUGUAAUAACAUCUAAUGAUGAAGAAUAUAAAGAAUGUACUCCAUUAACAAAUACACCCCUAUAUAUUAUUUUUUCAGCAUCUAUAUCAUUUAUAUUACCACUUAUUGCAAUGAUAGAAAUGAAUGUUUGUAUUGUUCAAACAGUAUCAGAUUCUUGUCGCAAAAAAUCAACUAUAAGUAAAAUUAAUUCUAUUGGAAGUAGUUUAGUAAAGUCUGUUGAACAAACUGGUGAAUAUACACAACUUCGAAUUCAUCGUGGUGUAAAAAAACCUAUUCAAUCAUGUAAUGCUAGUCAAGAAAGGAUUGCCUGGAAAGGAAAAACAAGAAGAAAUAGUUUUGAUAACAAAUUCUAUCAAUAUUCAACUAUAAAUAAUGGAACGGAAAAAAUAAAUAUACAAAAGUGGUCGGAUUAUGGAAAUAGUCAUGGAUCUCAAAAUAUAAAAUUAAAAAAAAUUACAAAUUGUGAAAAAUUAAAAAAAAAAAUAUCUACAAGAAGUUUGGGUUUAAGUAAUAAUUUUAUUAUAUCACCAACAGAAGAAAAAGAUAAUAUAAAAAAUUAUGUUGAGAAUUCCCAAAGUACACAUGAAAUUAAAGAAAAUAGUGAAGGAUCUUCUUUUGACAUUAAUAAUUUAAAAAUAAAUAAAGAUUCAACAUCAUCUACAACAGAUAAUAUGGCACUUUGGAGUGCUGCUACAGUACCAAUAAUAUUAUAUAAGUGUCCUUGUCAUUUAAAGACACAAUUAAGUAUUGCUAAAAAAACAUUAUUUUCUUCAAUGGGUUCUUCAAAUAAUAAACAUUUGUCAAAACAACAAUCAACAGAGUAUCGUGUCGCAAGAACAAUUGUAAUUGUUGUUGGAUGCUUUGCAAUUUGUUGGAUUCCAUUUAUGAUAGUAUAUUUAUCAGAAGCUUUUGAAUCAUGUUCUAACAAUAAAUGUAUUCCACAAUGGCUUUUUACACUAACAUUUUGGUUAGGAUAUGCCAACUCAGCUAUAAACCCUCUUAUUUAUUCAGCAUUUUCAAGAGAUUUUAGUGCUGCUUUUAAAAAAGUUUUAUUUCGAAAAAGAAAAAAAAUAUCACGAUCUUAA